CAAUGCCCUGGCACCAAAGACAUUAUUUUGUUCUCCAAUUCCUGGCUUCCAGAAAUGGAGUUGGCCUUGUUGGAUAAUAUAGAAAGUAGUGGGCUGGGCAAUUGUAUAUACGACUCCAAUACUUCGCCCGUCAAAGUCGUGGACGAUCUUACCGAUUUCCAGGGUGAACAGUCCAUCUUUUCUCGUCCACCCUCACUAGAAGACUGUAAGCUUAUUGGUUUCAUGCAUAAGCGAAAUGAAUUCGAAUGCGAGUUCGAUAAUGAUGCUGAAACAACGCUUUGUCAGAUACGUCACGAGUUUGGUGAUGACCCUCUUUUUCGCGGUAAGUGCGUCAAAUAA